UUGCUCCUCCUGAACACAACAAAGCCUUGGCUAAUCACAGAUCUGUAAGCAUUUUUCUCCCACCCGUUCUCAUCAGCCUGUACUCCAGAAAGAGGAAGAAGGAGGAAAAAGAAAGAAAGUCCAGGGCUGUGCAUGAGCGUGUCUUUGUGCCACUGUUGGCUGGGCGGGCUGACAGAGGCAGCAUUGUUCGCAGGCUGUGCCCGGCUUGGCAGUCAGAGAAGGUGGAGAUCUGCGCCGUGCAUACGGAAUCGGCAAGCAGCCGAGGACAGGGGUCCAGAAACUCAUAGAGCUGCAUUAACAACAAGAGGCAGUUUCAGAGCACCACUAAUAGCUUCUCCUGGUGUCUUCUGCACAAUGCAUAUGAGGACUGGGACAAGGAGACCUUGUUAAUCGAAGAAGCUUUUGCUUCCUCCCUGGGAGAGCCUGUAUGAAGACCUGUGUGUAUGGUGUUGUAAGAAACAGAAGGUACACGCAGCACAGAUGCCAGCCUUCUCCAAGGAAUAACCUCUUCAUCCCCCAGUGACUCCAGCUCCUGCUAGUACCAUGGGUCCAGAAGGUGGUUUCUUAGGCAGUGGUCAGGUCCACAUCAUCUUGUGGGGAAGUUUGGCAGCAAUGACAACACUCUUGUUCCUCACCUUCCUCAUCUUCCUCUGCUCCAGUUGCAACAGGGAAAAGAAGGCCAAAUAUCAGAAUGGAGAUCAUGAAAAUCUGAUGAAUGUGCCUUCUGACAAGGAGGUGUUCAGCCACUCGAUCACAAGUUCAGCUACUGAACCCCCUCCGAGCACCGACCAGAAUGGGGCACUCAGCAAUGGUGAGGUACUCUCAGAGGACAGUGCAGCUGCUUGCAUCCAGCCUUAUGAAGAAGUACAGACAUCUGAUCUGCUAGAUCAACAGGAUAGUCUUGGAAAGUCUACAAAAUGUCACCAGAGCCGGGAACUACCCAGUAUUCCUCCUAAUACCACCAUGGAAACCAUCAUCUCAGCUAGAAAUGCAGAAAAUGAUCAAAGUCUUGGAAUGGAAGGGCCUUAUGAAGUCUUGAAAGACAGCUCCUCUCAGGAGAACAUAGUUGAAGACUGCUUGUACGAAACUGUGAAGGAAAUUAAAGAUGUUGGAGCAGCAGCCAGCAUGGAAAGGAGCUGUAACAGCAAAUCAGAGGCUCCACUGACAGUUUCUGAAGGUCAGAAUCAGAUUCCUGAGUGCAAAAUUGAAUCAGCAGAAUAUGCAUCUGUUGACCGAAAUAAGAAAAGUCGUCAAAGUGCUAAUUCAGAAAGCCCUCUUGACAACACACCAGACGCAGAAGAUGAGCUUCCCCCACCAGUACCCAUGAAGCUUCUCGAUGAAAAUGAGAAUGUGCAAGAAAAAGAAGUGGAAGAAGUGACGGAAGGAGCAAGUAAACCAGAGAAGAGGCAUAGUUCAAUGUCUUACAAGUCUCGAGAGGAAGAUCCAUCUCUUACAGAAGAUGAGAUCUCAGCCAUGUACUCAUCAGUGAGUAAGCCAGGACAGGCCCUCAAGGCACUGGAUUCUCCUUACACCUGUAUUCAAGAAAUUGCAUCUGAGAGGUCCCCGUCCAUUUGCAGUGGCCUCUAUGCAAGUGUGAAGGACUUUGAGAACACCCUAAAUGCUACCACUGUGCCUCAGUCAGCGGACAGACCAAACGGGGAGCUGGAGCCUGACUAUGAAGCGAUCCAGUCAGUGAGCCAAGAAGAAGACAGGACCUUGUCUGUGCCUAACACAAACCACUCUGCUCUUUCAGGAGAGAAUGACUAUGAGAGCAUAGGGGACUUGCAGCACCACAGGGAUUUCACCAGGCUUUAACUACUCCGGCAGGCAAAUUUCUCCUCUGGUAUUUUUAAAUGAACAUGUGAAACAUGGAGAGAGAAGUUUUUGUCUCUUUGAGGAGCAAAGCAAAGUAGGGAACAAAAGUUGUGAAGAAACAAUGUACGUUUCAGCCAGGGUGUGAUACAUGCUAGGUUAUUCUGGGUGGUGGAUGGAGGCUCACAGGAAAGGGUACGUCAGGUCAGAGUGAUGACCAGGACAGCAUAAAAGCUUCUUUAUUUUUAGCUCCAAGAAAACCAGAAUUUGGGAAGGAGUGCCAUGCUUGUCAUCCUGAUAGGAUUACAUACCAAAAAGACUGCUUUACAUAAAGCUAGCUUUUAAUUUUAUGUCAUUUUCUUCAAAGUGUUUUUCAAGCAUCAUUUUCAUUCAAGUUUGGCCGCACAACAUUGAGCAAAUCACAGGUCAUUGUACCUCAACUCAGACUUACUUUGCAGGGCUGGGGAAGGCAUGCUCAGUUCUGUGUCUUUUGGGGAGCUCUGUUCACAUUCAUUGCAACUGAAGUGCAAACAGCACUGCUUCACAAGGGACCUACUCCAAAUGUACUUGAAUUAAUUCUGUCAGCUUUUUUUAUAUGUCAAGGGCUGCAGAAUGUGACUUGCAAUAUUUGAGAUGUGUACUGGUGGUUUUGGGUGGGGUUUUGUUUGAUUAUUUGUGAAAUACCACUUUAAAAUGGCAAGUGACACUCUUCACAUUCUUGCUGUGUUCCCCUCACAUGCACACAUAUACCUACGUAAACAUGCAGCAGACAAUUGUCAUGUUGAAAAAAGUUGUGCAAAUGAAUGCAUUGGUAUAAUGUUUAGUCUAACCUUAAUAGUGUUGAGUCAUUUUUUGAAUAGCUUUGCCCUUUUUUAAGACUUGAAAUAUUUUAAUAUGUUUGUCUAGUUUAUCAUGUAGGAAAAUCUACAUAUUGUGUUCAGAGUGGAUUAUAUUUUUUAUUUUUACGUUUUUCAUCUUCAAAGUUUUUGUAGAUUAACUUACUGUGUUACGUAACAGGAGAAAUCCCGUUCUUUUGGCUUGUUUUUUUUCUUUGAUUUCUAUUUUCCUAUUUCAGAAGUAUGUAAAUGAACAACUGCCUUUGUUGUUGUUGUCUUCAGCAGGGAUGUGGAACACAUUUUGCUGUUUUUAAGCUUAAAAUAGUGGAGUCUAUGAACUGCCAGAGGGCAAAAGAGAGGCAGAAGGACAGUGGGAUUUAGUCUGGGGCAGCCAGUGGUCCUCCUUAUUCCUCUGCUAAAAGGAACAUGAGGUCAACCAAGAACUCCCUUGGGCUCUGACAAGCAGUUUGAAAGCCACUGGCUUUGCAAGGAUACCAAGUUAUUCUGUUACUGUUAUAAGCAAAGUACAGAUCUUGGGUGAAGUAAGUAGGUGCUGGGUUCAUAAUUUUGUUUUCUUCAAGAACAGUACAAUGACAACAAGUCACUGGGACAACUUGUUAACCAUAAGCCAGCAAUGUGCCAUUGUGGCCAAGAAAGCCAAUGGUAUCCUAUGGUGCAUUAAGAGGAGUGUGGCCAGCAGGUCAACGGAGGUGAUCCUGCCCCUCUACUCAGCCUUGGUGUAUUGUGCCCUGUUCUGGUCUACCCAGUUCAAGAAAGACAAAGGAGAGGGUCCAGCAGAGGGCCACAAAGAUGAUCAGGGGUCUGGAGCAUCUCUGCUAUGAAAAAAGUCUGAGAGAGCUGGGCCUGUUCAGCCUGGAGAAGAGACAAAGGUCCCUGAGAAGGGAUCUUACCAAUGCACACAAAUGCCCAAAGGAUGGAUGUCAAGAGGAUGGAGCCAGACUCUUUUCAGUAAUGCCCAGCAACAGCAUAAUGGGCAAAGGGCACAAACUGAAACACAGGAAGUUCUUUCUGAAUAUGGGGAAAAACUUCUUUACUGUGAGGGUGUCAGAGCACUGGAACAGGCUGCCUAGACAGGUUGUGCAGUCUCCUUCUCUGGAGAUACUUAAAACCUGCCUGGGCACAAUCCUGUGCAGCUUGUUCUAGGUGUACCUGCUUUAGCAGGGGGGUUGGACCAGAUGAUUUCCAGAGGUUCCUUCCAACCCCAACCAUUGUGCUAUUCUGUGAAUGAACAGUACAAUAGUACAAGAAUAGCCCAACAGUAGUGAACUGGUUAUGUGUACACACGUGCAUAUAUCCCCAUGUAAAUAAGCAUACACGUGUAAGUUGGACACAAGUAUAAAUUAUAGUCCAAACUUGGUAACAUUCAAAUACAUUCACGUACAUAAUAUCUGGCAUGUGCUUGAAGAGUAGUUUAUUUUUUAUUAGAAAUAAACAGUAUAUAAACUGAGGUUGGCUUAUUCCAUAGUAGACAAAAGAGGUUUCAUUUCAGCUUACUUGGUACUGGGUUUUGAUAUACUAGAUUGAGUCCUUCUCAGACCACUAGCCAGCAUUCAAUAUCACUUGGUACUGUAGAGAGCAAACACAGAUCUGGUUACACACAUUUAUUAGAAAUAACUUUAUAACUGAAAGCAGUAUACUGAUCUAUGGGCUUUGCCUGUAAGUACUGCGGCUCUGAGAAGCAGUGCAAGUGUGCAGUCAAACACAGGGUGAUUGAAACUGCAUGAAUCCUGACCUCGUACAAGAGUGCAGCAUGCUUGAUCUAUGACUCUCUUCCUUUGAGGAGAAGCAGUUCAGACAAGUCUACAUCCAUCUUGUUCAUGACCAUGCUGCCAUGCUUCCACAGGUGCAGCAAAUCAUUGCUUCCACUUCAUUACAGUGCUUUUGAAAGCUGACUUUGGUCUUCCUUUCUGGAGUUUUUCCCUCAAAAAAAGUUUCUGUUUCUGUUCCCUUGAACGUGAAUUCGUGAAUUUCGCCUUUGACUGUUCUUCUACUUCACAUUGUUUAAGGCCAAAGAUAAAAUACACCAUGUUUCAGAAGAUCUGUUGUGCUAAGUCUAGAAAAUUUCUGAAGUCCUUAACUGUGUUUUUGCUGUCUGUUCCUUGCUCAGGGGUAUGGGUUUGUACAUGUAGCCGUCAGUCUGACUCCUGCAACAUAGUGGCAGGCAUACCUCAACUGCUGAAAUUCCCAAAUACAUCACAAGAUGUAAUUAUCCCUUAAGUUAGACCUUAAGGAUUGUGUAACUUGUUACGUAGAUGACUGCUUUUGGAGAAACAGUAACAACAUGAAGUCUAUCAGGAUCACCAGCUUAAGACCAGUUUAAAGAAAAGAGAUAAUGCCAGUUAACAGCAGCAAAGAGUAACACUGACCUCUUGAUUGUAAAAUUUUAAGGUGUAAAAGAAGAAAAUCAAACAUCAGAAGUGCCCUCAUCAAGAAGCAAGUCAAAGAAGGAAAGAGGGCUUCCCAGCCGUUCUUUGUGUCUUUUACCAUAGGAUCCAAGAGUGUUGGUUUCGAGGAAGGGACAUGAGACUCAGCUUCUUCCUUCCUUCCUUUCCUCCAUUCCAAGAGCUGCUCCUUGAGAUCCCCCUGAUUUCCCUUUUUCAGUGAAGCCCCUCCCCUUAUCUUUUUGCUUGCUUCUAUUUUUAACCUGUCUCGUGCAGCCUUGCACUGGGAGCUGGUUCUGUCUCUGCAGUCCUGUGACGCUGGCAUGUUCCUUCCCGUUUAAAUGACAGGCUGGUCACAACGUCUUCAUCAUCCACCAGACCCUCAGCCUGGUAGGGAAGGAGCUCAGAUUUUUGGGUUGCUGCUUGAGCGGUGUGUACCUGCCCUCAGCCAUUGAGACCCCACAUACAUCGAACUCCUGAGAGCUGCGAAAAGAAGUUAAUCUCCCGAACAAGGACGGGUGGGGGAGUCUGUAAGUCCCCUACACUAUCCAUUAGAUAGUCUAAUGCUAAAGAAAAAUGUUUUAGAAUUCAGUCCAAGGUUCUUAUGUGAAUAAUUACAUCUCUUUACUAAGAAUCAAGCUUAUGGUUUAGUUCCCUCUUCCCAGAAGUAAGAUCUGUUCUUGUAUGACUAUUACCAAUGCUUCCUUUUCACUAAUAUAUUGGAUGGAAAGAAUUUUCUGACAGUAAGCCCCAAAUAGAUGAAUCUGACUGUAAAGUAAAGGGAGUCUCUUCUGCUUGUCUCUUCAUUGCUAUUGUUUCCUCUUUUACUAUAUCCCUGAGUAAAAUGUCAGGAUCCAAAAUAAAGUAUUUAUUACCUGGGGAUCUCUCCUGGGGAAGCUUCAGAGUCCAUUUCUUUGCCCCCAUUUUUAAGCACAACUGUAUAAGAAGAUCUGACAUCAAAUUGCCACAGUAAGGCCAAGACAAGCUGUAAACUGUAACGUGCAUAACUGCACUAGUGAAAAGGUCUUUUCUGGUUUCUUCCUGGAAACCAGUAGAAAUAGGAAAUGCAGUUUGGACAUCUCUUCCAUGAAUCUGUGUCUCUUGUGGGAGUUGUUCUUACCACAUACCUAAACCACAAUACCUACACCAGUGCUAACCCCCAUUCAUAAACCAGUCCCCCUUUCCUACCAUGAUGAGUGCAGAAUUGCUUUCUCAGUCACAGAGAGAAAUAGAUUCUUUACAGAUACCUGUAGCAUAGGUAUGUACCUUAUUACCACAGUUAGAUCAGCUAUAGUGCCUUUUUCACUAAGUAGCUAGUACUCCCAUACACCUUUCCACACUGUGCUUUUUUAAUUCAAAGGGACAACCCCAAUUUUUACUUGUUUAAGUUGGAAACUGCUUUAUAGAGACACAAUAAAGGUAUUGGACCUCAAUUUGGCCCUACAGUAGCAAUAGUCUCUUGCAAACAUCCUCCAAAAAGCCCAGUAAUGUAGCUAUGAUGACUAAGCUUUGCAAUAAGAAUUACCAGUUUCCUUUUGAAGAACCUAAUUUUUUGAACAGUGAGCAUUUAGGGAGGUGGGGGUCUUUGUUCAUGUCAGCUGUGAACAAUUAGUUGCUUCAGUCUUUCUGUUAAUAUCAAUUGCAGGCUUGCUUAUAUGUAGCAGGAUUCAUGGAGUAAGGGAAGAGUAGGUGUGGGUAUUCAUAUUCAUGAGUCACCCAGAGCUGGACCAUUCCCACAGCAGCACCUGGCUGAGGACCAGCUGCCUUGUUCUCUAAGCCCUCAUCUAUUGUGCCUUCAGGGAAUCCAUCCUGCAGGGAUUCUUCUGGGCUGUGUGCUUCUCCAUGGCUCCCUGAACAGCUCCUGUCCACUGUCUUGAACACAGUUCUGCCCAAUGCUGAUCACAGUGCUCUCUAUUCAACCUUUUAAUGGUGCUUUUAUAAGAUUCUGGGUAAUUGGGUUCAAUGUGCUUUCUGGAAGCUGACAUGUAAAGCUGUGAUGCGGAGUGCUCCCUAGUAUUGUCUGCUUCCCAGAACUUAUGUUAACUUUGUUACUCUGACUACAAAAGGCUGGCAGCGCUGUCCUGUCUUAUCCCACACACAUCCGGAAUGUAGUUACCAGUGUAACAAGCCUAGAUUGGGCCACAGGUGCUUCAAAGCAGCCAAUUCAGACCAAAGGGCUUGACUUGAAAGCAGUGAGAGACAUGCCUCUCAUCUGUGCAGUGUGGGAUUGGAAACGUCAUAGAGCCCAGCUCAAGGACUUUUUUCUGUCUCCUAUUGUUCAUAUAUAUUUGUUUGCAAUAUGGCUGUAAGAAAUCUGUUUCUGCAACAAACAUUUCCAUUUGGGCCACACUCCAAUGUGGAGACUUUUGCUGUUAGGCAAAUUACCAGUUAUUUCAGACAAGUGUUAUUUAUUUAGGUUGGUACAUGCCUGAAUAAGGCUGCUAUGUGCCUCACAAGUAACUCAGUGUGUGUAGUCUAUUGCAAAACAAGAGACUGCAGAGAGAUGAUCAGCCAGACAGGUGCUCCUGUGGUAAUGUGCUGAAGACAUUCAAGGGCAGGUUUCUUCCUGGGAGCAGAGAGCAUCAUUGCUAUCAAUAUGAUGUCAUGCCCUGGUGCUGGAGUUGAUUUGUUGCAUCUCUCUUGAGCAGAUCUCGGCCUCAAAAAAAAAAAAAAAACCAACCAAAAAACAAAAAACAGAAGUAUUUUAAAUGGUUUGCUAGCAACAUACAUUGGGGAUUAUGCUAAAGAUAAAUGCUAUGGUUGGAACAUCACAGAGGUAAAAGCACAGGGUUCCCUUUCUUAAAGGAGAGAGAACUCCUUUUGGUUGGGUCAGUAUGAAAGAUUCCAGGGUUACAAAAAGUAUUAAACAACAGAAGUAUUAAAUGAAUUGCAUGUAUGGUAAUUUUCUGGGAGUGCAGUAGGGUAUCAUAUACACUAGACACUGUUUGUUUCCUGUGGACAGCAGGAAGAUGAAAGCUUAUUUGUAAUACAAGGUUCCUAUUGAUUAAUUGAUGAAAUUUACUUUAGAUGUAAGCCAGAGGUCAGCAAGAGUGUCUACACAAUGUAGAUACAUAUAUGUAAGCUAACUAUAAAUGAUACAGCUCAGGUGUUGUAAGCAGAAUCACCAGAACAAUUUUAUGCCCUGCUUGGUCUGACCCACUCGCAUAGCCCAUUCCAGCACCCUGAUUUGUAUUAUAUACCCAUUGGCCUGUGCCCAGUCUAAAAAUAAUAUUAAACUUCCAGUUCUGUUUUUUCAAGCUGUGAGGUUUUGUUUCUGGAGGUGUUUGCCUUCAAACUGGCGGGGCCAGUCACUACAAACAUAAUAGCAAAGUGCCUAAAAACAAAGAUGUUUCUGUUAAAAUGCUCACUGUUACUGGACAGCCUGUUGUCUACUGUAUGUGGUACUCUCUUGCCGUACACAUUCCUAAAUACUGGCUUUCAUUUGUUCUGUUAACUUAUGGUUAUGUUCGUAUAGUCUGACAAGGUUUUUGUCUCUCCAAAUUAAUUGUCUAAUUUUAAUGAGCAUAUAUUUGUUACAGAAAAUAUAAGAUGAGAUUCUUUGUUCAGUUUAGGGGGCAGCUGUUAUUUCUUACACUUUAGGAUAAUGCAACAAUCUGCUUAGAUGAGUUACAAAGUAUGUAAGGAUCACUUGACUUCAAAACGCUUCAUUUGGAUUUCCAUAUGCAUCCCAUUCACUACGGGACUUUACCAACUCUUGUCAUUUUAAUCUUGCAAUACUGGGAAGGGGAUUUUAAACCUUACAAAUCUUACUAUUUUAAAAAAGAAAAUACUGCACUGAUGUUUUCACUUCCUAAUGUCUACAGAGACUCACAUUUUAACUUUCAGCAUCAGUUACAUUUGGAUUACCCUCUUAUUUAUGAACUCCCCUCCUCAUCAGCCAUCACCAUCAAAGCAUCUCUUUUGUCCCUGAUGAAAUAUGGCAGUUGUCCAGAGAGGACAGAAUUUGUGUCACAUCACACUUCUGAAUGAGACCUUUUUAAUGGGCCUGUGAGAUUUAGGAGCCUGGACUUAAGUCAGAUGUUUUGUGGAAAUUGCCUCCUGUCUUGCAGACUUCUGUGGAGGUCUUCACUUUCUUUCAAAGCAAGAAGUUCUAUAGCUUGCAAGCACUCAACUGAUAUGGAAAGAUGUAUGUAAGAGGUGAAAUGGUACAAUGUUUAAAUGUGUUAGUAAAAAAACCCAUAACAGCACAAGAACCUUCUUUCUCCAAUGUCUGAGGAUACUGGAAUUUGGUCUUUAUCUCUGAGGCUAUUUGAGAACGGUCAUGUAACCAGUCUCACAUCCUACUGUCAGACAAGUCUUUAAAUGAGCAUCUGGAUCACUCUGGUGGCUUCUGAGUUUCCACACAUACCACCUUCAUGACUUGCGGCAGGGCUUGUCUCUGUGGCAAUGACUACUUAGGAAUGCCUUUUGCUUCACAGUCCUGACCCCUUUAUUGAAGAAAUGGGGAUGUGAGUUCUGUCUCCUCAGUCUACCUAGUCUGUCUUGGUGAAAGUGAUAAUAGCCCAGGGAAGAAUAUUUACUGUAGUAACACAGGGAUAGCCUACUGCAGUAUCUGGGAAGAGAGAGGUAAAAGAAACAACUGCAUUUCACCCAUAUCACAGACUACCUGUUCAGAAAGAUUUUUAUGGUAGAAGAGGCUACAGUUAAGGGUCAAGUUGCCAAAAAUCUUACAGAAGAUAGAUGGAAUUAUUUAUUCUUUUCAGUAUUCCCUGUACCCAUAGAGGCAGGGUCAAGUCCUCUCUGCCCCACCAUGAUGCAGUUUGCUGAUCUUUUAUCAAGCCUCCACAUCAACAUAAAUUAAAUUAAUAAAUGAAUUCUAAAUACAUGGUUUUGUUCUAUCAUAAACCCUAAGAGGACAAAUGUAGAUGUGCUAAUGUAAGUACGAUGUGCAGAUCUGGACUUGCACAGAUGGUUUUUAGCAAAAUCAAGCAAGCAAACAAACAAACAAAACCCCUAACUUUAUUUGAAGAUGAUUACUUGCAUGAGAUAAGGGUGCAGGGUUGGACCCUAAGAGAGUUUAAAAGACAUUUUGGUUUGGUACUAGGUAUUUUUCUUGGUAUUUUCAGUGAAAAAUACUUUCUUUUAUGUUAGUGAAUUGGUAUAACUUCCAUAGGAGAAAUAAAAAUAUAGUCUGGUAUAUGGUUAAUUAUCUCUAAUAGCUAUUAUUAAAAUCAUGCCUCAGUAGGAGUCACUUUAAAUUGGGUGCUAUAUGAGCUUCAGCAUAAAAUUGUUUUAUAUAUGGAACAUUGCAUACUUAGAACAUAGUGGAUAAAUAUUUGUAAUUACAGACACUUUCAUUUACUUUAUCCAUUGUUUCAUAAUAGAAAAAAUACUUAUUACUGAUAAGUUUUCCAGCAGUGUUCUCUUACAUAAUGUUCUCACACAAAGUGUGUUUCUGGACAACCAUUUGAUUCUCUGGACACUGACGCAGAACUGCAAAACACCCUCAAACCACUAUGAGGUUCUGAAACUAGAGGAUUAGAACUAUCUCUGGCUAUCUUAGUGUGAAUACAGUUAAAUAUCCUGUAUAGUUCAGAUCUGUAGGAAGUGAGAGCAGUUCAAAGAAAUGACUGUACAUUAAAAAAUGACUGUCCAUAUAAAGCUGGAGUCAGUGCAUGCAGACUUCUGAGAUGGCACUAGCUGAGGCUUGCUUGCUACAUGAUGGGUUAUUUGGCUUGCUACCUGUUUGAAAUCAAUAUAGUUUUAUUAACACUGCUGCAGACACUGAAAUACUGUAGUUUUGCAGAAUGUAUGUUCCCUAAAUUGUAGCUUGACUGUAAUUGCAGGGCUUAUCCUACUGUUAGAGAAGAUCAGAUCCAACACUACAUUGCAUUUUGUAAGUUGAUAAAUGCCAUGAAAUUCCGCUCAACAUUUUGUAGUAGUAUACACAAGUUGAUGUAAUUUAGUCAUACCGUUAUUCCAAGAAUCUUCAUCUGAUGUUUCUAGCCAAUUCAGCUUUUGGCUGCUGAAAGCACAGUAGGUAAUUAUGGUUAUUUACUGUAAAUGUAGAUAAGUUUUAUGUAAAUAUUUCAGGGGGGAAAAAUGCUACAUAAACAUAUGAGGCAGUUACCUAAAAGUAAGAACAUAGGUCAGUAAUAUAAAAUACUGGUUUUAUUUAUGUACAGUAGUAUCCUAAUAUUUACUUGUUUAUAUGCAGGAAAAAAAAAUGAAGAAACUGUACUGUAUUCUCUGAAAGCUUUUAAAAGGGGCUCUGCCAUUUUCUCUGGUUAAUAUAUUUGCAAAUAACUUUUGAACUUAUUGGAAGUCUGUGUAAAUUAUGUCAAAUGGGAAACUUAUUACAUUGCAAUGAAAUGAGUUUAAUUCAAAAAUCCUGGCAAAACUCAUUGGAUUGAAAUCCCUAUAUAAAUUCAAUAGCCAGGCAGAAUAAAACACAAUAAAUAAGUUUUUUCUUCUG